GCUCUGGUGGGUGACGUCACUUCCUCCGAAUCAUGGCGUCUUCUCUCAGCGGGAUGUUUUCGGGGCAGCCGCCCGGUCCUCCGCCGCCCAUGCAGCCUGGAGCCGGGGCCGGCCUCAUGUCCACUCCUCCCGGGGCCAAGAACCCCAACAGCACCCUGGUGGACGAGCUCGAGUCCUCCUUCGAGGCAUGCUUUGCUUCUCUUGUGAGCCAGGACUAUGUGAAUGGUACUGACCAGGAGGAGAUCCGCACUGGUGUUGAGCAAUGUAUUCAUAAGUUCCUGGAUGUGGCCAGACAGACAGAAUGCUUUUUCCUACAGAAAAGAUUACAGCUCUCGGUCCAAAAGCCAGAGCAGGUUAUUAAAGAGGAUGUGACAGAACUGAGAAGUGAGCUGCAAAGGAAGGAAGCGCUCAUUCAGAAGCACCUGACAAAAUUACGGAGCUGGCAGCAGGUUCUGGAAGAGAUCAAUGGUCAGCAUAAGAAGCCAAGUGAAAUGGCACAAGGGCCUCUUGCAUUUUUGGAACAAGCCUCUGCCAAUAUCCCUGCACCAAUGAAGCCAACGUGAUUUGACUGUACAGAGGCGGCCUCAAAGAUUUCUUGUAAAGACUAUUUCUAUUUUUCCUUUACUGUUUUUGUACUAUAUUUUGUAAAGUAGAAUUUUGUUUUAAGCUCGUAACGAUUGCUGGUGACUUUUUAUGCCACAAUUCAAUAAAAAAUACCUUUCUUAAC